GCUUUGGAUCACCAGAGAAACCUCAAAACAACAACCUUGCUAGCCGCUGGACACAUCUUGCCAUGAUGUUUCAAAGGCUAUUUCUUCUCCAGUCUUUCUUACUGUUUUCCUUAACCACUGCCACUGCAACUGCAAAACGUCUUAAUACUAUUCCAAGGCAUAGUCCAAUAGGGCCAAGAGUUUGGCGAGACCAGCCUGAUAAAACUACUUCGUGUGAAGUUGAUGAAGAAGGUUUUGAAACCUGUUUUUACAACCAAACACUUGAUCACUUCAACUAUAGGCCUGAAAGCUAUGACACAUUUCCGCAACGAUAUGUGAUCAAUUCUAAGUAUUGGGGUGGUGCGAAUGCAUCAAUCUUAGUAUAUCUUGGUGCAGAAGCAUCGAUUGAUGGAUAUCGUGACGCUGCUGGAUUUCUAGAUGAUAACGCUGUUCAGUUUAAGUCUCUCUUGGUAUUUAUUGAGCACAGAUAUUAUGGACACUCAUUCCCACCUGGAGCAUGGGGGAAACGAGGGUAUUUCAGCUCAGCCCAGGCUUUAGCAGACUAUGCAGCCAUUAUCAUUGACAUAAAGGAGAAUCGAAGUGCUCAAUAUUCUCCAGUUAUCGUCAUUGGAGGAUCAUAUGGUGGAAUGCUGGCUUCGUGGUUUCGGCUCAAGUACCCUCACAUUGCCCUCGGAGCCUUGGCCUCAUCAGCACCAAUUCUUUAUUUCGAUGAUAUCACACCACAGGAUGCAUACUAUUCUGUAGUCACCAAGGAAUUUAGAGAAGCUAGUGAGACUUGCUACCAGACUAUAAAAACGUCAUGGUCAGAAAUUGAUGAACUUGCUUCUAAACCCGAUGGUCUCUCAAUGCUUAGCACGAAAUUCAAUACUUGCAAAAACUUGACUGAUGCCAGUGAGCUCAAGGAUUACUUAAGGUUAAUGUAUGCUUAUGCUGCCCAGAACAACAGUCCACCAACAUAUCCAGUUAACGAGGUCUGUAAGGGCAUAGAUGAUGAUGCUUCUGGAGAUGAUAUUCUAAGCAGAAUAUUUCGUGGUGUUGUUGCUUAUUAUGGAAACCAGACGUCGUGCUAUGUCAAUAAAGUUGCCUACCAAUCUGAAGCAACUCUGGGGUGGAGUUGGCAGAGAUGCAGUGAGAUGGUGAUACCUCUUGGUGUUGGGGAUAAUUCCAUGUUCCAACCAAAUCCAUUUAAUUUGACAGACCAUAUAGAGCGUUGCAAGAGUUUGUAUGGUGUCCGACCUCGUCCUCAUUGGGUCACUACCUAUUACGGAGGUCAUGAUAUAAAAUUGAUUCUUCAAAGGUUUGGUAGCAACAUUAUCUUCUCAAAUGGGCUGAGAGAUCCUUACAGUAGUGGCGGGGUAUUGAAUAACAUAUCAGAUAGUAUUGUUGCGGUUACUACAGUGAACGGAUCUCAUUGCUUGGACAUACAACGAGCGAAUCCAAGUACUGAUCCCGAUUGGCUGGUGAUGCAACGUAAAAAAGAGGUGGAGAUAAUUGAAGGGUGGAUUACCCAAUAUUACGAAGAUCUUUAUGAGUUCAAAGAUCCCUUUUUAAUCAUAAGAGGGGGAACAAAAGUAGAUGCUGCUGUUUCAGGUCAAUUAUAAAAUUAACUGCAGUUGAAUAAGAAAUUAUUGCAAGGAUAUAUAAUUGCUGGGCCACUUUGCCAGCUUUAAAUAAAGAACUUGAUAUGUAUGGUUAUGUGUACUCCUUCUACAAAUCCACUACGUUUCAUGUAAUAAUAAGAUGGCCAAUUCCUCUUCAA